CCUGAUGCACAUACCUUGCCGUGGUGUGACAGCUUGAGUGUCUCAAUGACCCUCAGAGCUAUACCGGCGGGAGCUCAUCAUUCCUGGCAGGUACUACCAAGCCGGACAGGUCUGUUAGGAAAGAGGCCAGACAAAAGGUGCAUCCCCCUCCCCGGGACACAGGGGUUGUGCGAUAGGCUAACAACCUGUCCAUGGAAAAAUCUUAUAGAAACCAGAACAAAGGCACAAACACUAAACAUUGUCAGAGGCGAAAGUAGAGCUCCACAAAGGAGACUUAUGAAGCUAUGCAGGGAAAGUCGAACGAAUCCUGUGAGGCCGACCACUCUACUUAAACCAAUGAAAAAGAAACACUUCCUUAUUCAGAAGGCAGCAUUAAACUUGGGAACAUGGAAUGUCCGCACUUUACUAGAACCAGGUAGAUGUGCACAAAUUGCCAAGGAAAUGGCCAACUACAAACUACAGAUCCUGGGAAUGAGUGAAGUUCGAUGGAACACAUUCGGUGAAACAAGACUGCAAUCAGGAGAAACCCUUCUCUUCUCUGGAAAGGAAAAAGAAGAUGACUUACAAGAAAAUGGUGUAGCACUACUACUAAACAACGAAGCUCUCAAAAGUCUUUUAGAAUGGGAACCAGUUUCAGAACGAAUAAUUAGAGCCAAAUUUUUGUCUAAGUUCAAAAAUGUUCACAUCAUUAUGUGCUAUGCUCCUACCAACCUUGCAAGUGAUACUGACAAACAUACAUUCUAUGACCAACUGCAAAGUAUAGUUGACAAAAUACCUACAAGAGAUGUUUUGAUCGUCAUGGGAGACUUGAAUGCCAAAGUGGGAAGUGACAACAGAGAGAGAGAGAAAAGUAUGGGCACCCAUGGACUUGGCACCAUAAAUGAAAAUGGAGAAAUGUUUGCAGACUUCUGCACAUUUAAUGAAUUAGUGAUA